CUUGAACGGUGAAACUUAAGCUUUGAACUUUGAAGUUCAGGCUUACCAUAACUCGUAUGAUAACAGAUCUCCAAGAACACCGCUGCAUCUAUCUUGACCUUAAAUCACCUCAUUCACUAUGGCUCAAACACAACUUGAAGGCGGCCAGUGCAUCGGCUCACGACUUUCCCAAACUCACAUUCAUCCUGGAGCGAGGGAAACAGUUCGGACCCCGCGUCGGUAGACUGUGCUUGACACGACCAUCCGAUAGUCCAUCCAACCAUGUAAUCGACAUCCAAACACCUAAUUUUCUCAUCGGAACAUCUCGUGGUGCAGUUCCACAUUUCUCAAGGGACCAUGUUCAUUCAGCGAAAGGAAUCAGCUGGAUCAAUGUACCUUUUGAGUCUUUCCUCGAGCAAACACCCCCAGUACCCACUUAUCAGACGGGAUCGCAGCCACUACAUAAUUUCUUAGGAUUCGACAGUUCAAAACAUAUCGUUUCGCUUUCACUUCGAGAUCCUUUGGAUGCUCGAGAGAUGCCUCCAAAUGGAAAUUCGCAUGUUUCAGCUUCAUGCAUGCGUGGUGUGAGGAAGGUCACGCUCGCAGACUGGCGAUCGUAUGUUCUGACGAUGCAGCCUGAUAUCGCAUUUGCUCUCAGUGAUACGCCGUUUACUGUAGCCCCGCACUCGCAGAAACGCUUGACUAAAAGCAUCGAGCGGAGUGCGGCUUGGCUCGCAGAUCUGUUGCGUCCUGUUGAAAACGCGAUGGAUGACUCACGCACGGAGUCAACUCCUGCUACUUUGAAUGUCUUCGUACAUAUGGCUGGUGGUACUUCGACCUCCGCAAGGAGGGCCUUUUCGCAUAGCCUCACGGAGACUCUUCAUGGGCUGGAAGCAAACGCCGUGAAACCACUGCUAUGUUUGGAUGAAGGAGUAGCUGGAUAUGUAUUUGACCUAGCCGCCCUUCAUGUCAGACCAGCUCCUCUCUCGACCCCCAACGAUAGAGGCGGAGGCAUCGAAAUUGCAGAAAACUCUUUGAUUCUGCAGAAUUCAGAAUCAUUAGCUCAAACACCAACACCUAACACGGCUACUACACCCACAUCGCUCUCGUCCAGCAUGAUCGAACCUCUCUCUCUCAUCUCACUGACUCCCACAUUGGAUGAGCUCCUCCGCGCAUCGUUAGAACCCCUCCCAAUCGCAAAGCCACGCCUUGUCACAGAUGUUCGAUCCCCUCAUGAAAUCCUGCGUUUGAUCAGAGAUAUUGGAGUCGACGUAUUCGAUGCGGGAUGGGCCGUAAAAGCAGCUGAUAUUGGGGUAGCUCUCGAUUUCAUUUUUCCGGUGCCCAGCGGGCACGAUAGUAGUCCAGACCAUCGAAGACGCGACAUUGGUCACAACCUGUAUGAUGCGAAGUACGCUCACGACUUCAUCAUAACAUCUUCGUCUGAAACUCCUGUCUGCCCCUGCGCUGCAUGCUCUCCAGUUGCCCCCACGUCUCCUAUUCACCACAGCAAAGUUGACGUUCAGUCGCACCAAGCGCAUUCAGAGGACGGCACGAGCCAGAAAAAAUUCUUACCUCCUUUCACACGAGCUUACCUGCACCACCUUUUGCAUACCCAUGAGAUGUCUGCACACACACUCCUUGUCGCACAUAACGUCGCCGUCCUUGAUGCCCUGCUUACUGGAGUGCGAACAAUUCUUUUGGGUCAUGCUGAUCAAAAUGAAGCAGCAGCUAUUUUUGCUCAAGAGGUCACAAGGUUUGAAGAGGUUUAUGAUGGAGCGAUGUCGGUGCUCCAUGCUGCUCGGGAUAACUGGAAAGACGUGAAGUACGCACGGGGUAAAGGAAGAUUGGCGCGGGAGGCACAGAAAGACAAGGAUGUUCGAUCGGUACAUUCAGCUGAAGUACAGUAG